CCAUCUGUUUAACACUGGAUCUUAUUCGGUUGCCAAGAUGCGGAGAACGCUCAGGGAUGGAAAGGCUGCUGGGAUGGCUGGGCCCGAACCCACUGCGGUGUGGAGUGAGUGACCUUGGAGACGUCUCCCAUCUCCCCCAUUUCCUUCUUCUGCAAACAUUUUGUUGCCACCUGCUGUGGACCAGGCAGUACUUCGGGGUCUGUAGAAGCCCAGUAUUUGGUGAAUUAAACCUAGAGGUACAGAAGCAUCCUGUGUGGCUUGGUGAGCUGGGAAAAAACUUCACUGAGGAGCAUUUGGCUGUGAAACUGAAGGCUGUGUCAGUUGUAGGUUUUCUCUUAGUCUGUUGACUAAGAAUACACCAAGUGUCACAUCUUUUCACCAGUGUAGAUUACUUCAUACCACAUUGUCAAAAAGAGGACUGGAAGAAUUUUUUGAUGACCCAAAGAAUUGGGGAGAAGAAAAAGUGAAAUCUGGAGCUUCAUGGACCUGUCAGCAGUUACGGAACAAAAGUAAUGAAGAUUUACAUAAACUUUGGUAUGUUCUCCUGAAAGAAAGAAACAUGCUCCUAACUCUGGAACAGGAGGCUAAGCGGCAGAGGUUGCCAAUGCCAAGUCCGGAGAGGUUAGAAAAGGUAAUAGACUCCAUGGAUGCAUUAGAUAAAGUUGUCCAGGAAAGGGAAGAUGCCCUCAGACUUCUUCAGACUGGUCAAGAAAAAGCUAGACCUGGUGCUUGGAGAAGAGACAUCUUUGGAAGAAUCAUCUGGCACAAGUUCAAGCAGUGGCCUAUACCUUGGUACCUGAAUAAAAGAUACAACAGGAAACGAUUCUUUGUGAUGCCCUGUGUGGAACGUUUUGUCAGAUUGAGACUUGAGAAACAAGCCCGCAUCAGAGCAAGGAAGAAAAGUUUAGAGAAAAAGAAAGAAAAAUUUCUUCAGGAAAAGUUUCCACAUCUCUCUGAAGCCCAGAAGUCAAGUCUUGUCUAAGAUAUGAACUCUUAAUUUACCAUUUUCUUGGAUUACAGUCUGUAUACAAAAGUAAAUACAUAUUAAGUGGUUUAUAAAUAAAUUGUGUUUUUAGUCAAAUGA